CUAGGACGGCGGAUGAGGAGGGGGCGCGGGACAAGGAGGCACGCUGACCGGCGGCGAAUGGGACAGGCGUGUGCGGUGUAACGCAGACAGACUUGAGGAGCGCGACGUGAAGCGGGAGCGCCGGCAGACACGGACAGUGGCGAACAGUGGACGGACAGUGAGCGAACAGUGAGAACGGUGAACGGAUUGUGAGAACGGCGAACGAACUGUGAACGUACGAACCAUGCUGUGCGAGCCGCUGAUCAUGUCCAACUCCCUUGUAGAGCGGCGGCGGGUGGCGCACGUGCCGAAUGUCGGCGCGCUGCUGCAGAAGCCGAGCGUGGCGGCGGCAGCGGCGUCCACGUCGGCCGCGGCUGACACAAAGACGGUCACCACGGCGCAGACGGCGCCCAAAGGCGGCAAGAGGCUGGCGCAUACUCCGAGCACGGCGAACUUGGCGCGGCCCAAGAUACCUGCCGAGUUCGGCGGGAAGGUGCCGACCGCUAUUCGACAGCGGUAUCUGGAUCACUUUUGCACAGACCUGCUCAAAGUGUACCCGGGCAACGAGGCACAAGCGUAUAAAAAGGCUCUGGAGGAGGAGCAGGCCGUGUACAAUCGCAGUCCGUCACGCCGUGUGUACGUGAACCUGGCGGUGGGCAGCGUGAAGCGUCUGCGCGACGCCGCGGCCGCCGGCGCGCUCCGAACUCACGGUACAUGGAUCGUGUUUCCACACCAGCGCGCCAUGCAGGACCUGACGAACGUGUACGGCCGGUACGCGGGCGGCGCCCGGCCGCCGCCGCCGCCGCCGCUGCUGCCGCUGCCGCCGCCGCACAACUACCUUGUCUACGGCUGUCCCCCGACAGACGAGAACUUUUAUGUCUUCCACCCGCUGCAGCUGCAGGGAUACGAGUCGUAUGGUGGCGUUACGGCGGGACCAGUUCCCAAUAGGACCGUGUCGCAUCUCGAUAUUUUGGCCGGCAAAGGCGGUGCGAGUGGUUCCUGGAGUAUCGAACGGAACAAGAAGGUCGACGAGAUCAAGUCAGACUCCGAGCUGUACCAGCGGCUGCAGCCGUACGUGCUGACCGAGGAGCAGCUGGAGCAGAACGGCUUCCCGCGGGCGGACGCGCUGGGCCGGCCCGGCCGCGCCCGGCUGGCGCACGUCGACUCCCGCGCGCGCAUCACGCGCGCCGGCGCCUCCUGCCGCGAGUGCCUGCGCUGCAACCGCACGUACGCGGUGGCCGACGACGGCCGCGCGCUGGUCGAGGACCAGUGCGUGUACCAUUGGGGCAGGGUCUACACGCGCAGAGGCGACAAGCGGUACUCGUGCUGCUCGCAGGAGGCACCGGCCGACGGCUGCUGCGUGGCCGCGUGUCACGUGUCCGAUAACUUUGACCCGGACAACCUGGUCGGCUACAUGGCCACCAUGGACAAGCCGGAGCCGGCCGACGGCAACCACGGCGUGUUCGCGCUGGAUUGCGAGAUGAGUUACACCCAGAUGGGUGGAGAGCUCACCCGCAUCACCGUCAUCAACUCGGACGGCGACACCGUGUACGAGUCGCUCGUCAAGCCGGACAGUCCUGUCAUCGACUUCAACACCCGGUUCAGCGGUAUCAAGGAGGAGGACAUGGAGGGGGUCGACACCACGAUCCGGGACGUGCAGGCUGUGCUGCUGAACAUGUUCAGCAGCAAGACCAUACUGAUCGGGCACUCGCUCGAGAGCGACUUUAAGGCACUGAAGCUGAUUCACUCCACGGUGGUGGACACGAGCGUGGUGUUCCCGCACAAGAUGGGUCGGCCUUACAAGCGCGCGCUACGCAACCUGUGUUCUGACCAUCUGAAGCGCAUCAUCCAGAACGAUGUUGGAGGUCACGACAGCGCGGAGGACGCCGUCUCCUGCAUGGACCUGAUGCUCUGGAAGCUGAAGGAGGACGCCAAGUCGCUGCGCUGACGGGGAGGAGGCGGCCUGCCAUCGGAGCUGGCGCCGGACGCGGAGGAGACAUCCGCGGCGUCGGCGCGACUAGCCGCCGGCAGCCGGCCCGGACGCGGACCGGCUGGCUCGGCGGGCCCGAUUGCGCGCCGGCCGCGCCCCGCUGCUCGGUAUUUAUUGAGUGCGUGUGGUGUGCGCAGGAGCGGUGGUGAGAGGGAGUGUGGUGUGUGCCGUGGUGCGCGCAGGACGGGUCGUGAGAAGCGAGCGUGGGUCGGCGCCCGAGCCGUUGCCGCGCGCGCCUCUACCAGGCCGGAUCGUACAAAGUCAUUCCAUUUGUAGGCGUGUUGUUUUGUACGGGCACCUCGCCGGCUGCCCGGCGCGGGGUGACGCGGCGUCCCGGACUGGCCGCAGCGGCUGUGCAUUGUGUACGUCAUGUGUUGCGCGGCCCCAUGGUAUGUACAUAUUGACCUGUUGCUCGUUUGUGCCCGCGCAGGCGACCAAUACAUUUGCUGAAUUAA